AUGGAUUCUCCCGUUUCAUCACAAGACGACAGAGACAUCGAAGUGAACGUGGUCUCCGGCGCCAGCAGCCCAGACAUCACCUCUUCUCCUUCCCGUAAGGACCAGAAGAGUCCCUUCUAUGACUUAAAGAAGGAUAAAGAAGAAAAGGCGACGGGCAGUGCUCCGUAUACCAGUUUUUCUAUCAGCUCGAUUUUGAACCGUGCGGAGCCGAGAAGAGAGUCAAAUGUACUUGAAGCGGCGUUAGCUGCUAAUCAUUUUGGGAGUGCAAAUGAUGCUAUGUUGUCUAGAUUGGGUCUGAUAUCUCAGUGGAGCGCUCUAGCCGGGAGGUACGGGGGUUUGGUUCCAGCGCCUUGGUACUGGCAGAGACCACAAGACCGGACUACACCGCCCAGAGAAGACUCAACCACCAACGAAGAAGGAUCAGCAGGGGGCUCCCCUCGCAUCAGGAGCCCCACACGAGCUCCCACCCCUCCCUCCCCGUCCCGCUCCUCACCCCGCUCACCUCGCCUCCACCCCGCACUCUACCCUCAACAGCCAGACCCUCAAGACUCCGACCCUGACGUGGACGAGAGCGAUGAUUUCGACAAGGACGAAAAACGAGACCCUAACGCGAACUUAGGUAAACGAAAGAAGAAGACCAGAACCGUCUUCUCGAGGUCCCAAGUUUUUCAGCUAGAACAGACCUUCGACAUGAAGAGGUAUCUCAGCAGUUCAGAGCGAGCUGGUCUCGCUGCGUCACUGCACCUAACGGAGACACAAGUGAAGAUCUGGUUCCAAAACCGUCGGAAUAAGUGGAAGAGGCAACUAGCUGCAGAGUUAGAAGCUGCCAACAUGGCUCAUGCAGCUCAGAGGUUGGUUCGCGUGCCGAUUCUAUACCACGAGUCAAGGCCAACAUCGAUGCCUCACACGCCAAUGCCACUACAUCCUCAGUUCAAUGAUGGUGUUGGAGGGGUGUACUUCCCUGCCCAGGCUCCUCAGCAGCUGCAGCCGCUGCCGGCCUCUCCUGUGACUUCUAGGGCUCCGUUGUCCAGCCUCGUGUAGUGUUCGCUCGAGCCCGCACGCUCGGAAGACGGACAUUACUGAAUGCUGUCCGUGCGGGGACUGUGUCAAUUGUGUCAUUGCCAAAUCGUUCAAAUGUAAUGUAUUGUAUAGGUUGGUUAAGACGUUGGAGCGUGUUUUGGUAGGAUUCGGAAGAUGUGCUAUUUAAUUGUUUAUGUUUAUUUCAUGGGUUCUUCUGGUAAAUUAAAAAAAGUCUCCAUUUAGAUAACUUGUAAUAAUAUGAGACACGUUGACCGCAGGUCCACUUUGGUAUCGCUUCGCUAUUGCUUUUUAAUAUUAAUAACAUCAACCAAUUUAAUUAAGUAAAGAGACAAUAUUUCUUCCAAACCUGAGAAUUGUUCCCAAUUUGAUUUUCGCAACUCCUCAAAUCGAUUUAACAACGAUUCGAUUCCCAAUCGCAUAUCUAUCGGACAAGUAAUCGACUAACUUGUUGAUAUAGCUCUAGUGGCCACGCUAAAGGGUUUUAUAGCUAAUUCUCAAUUACUAUGAGCUUCUAAUCUUAUCAGAACACGCCUCCACCAUUUAUUUACGUGCUAGAUAAAUCGCAACGACUUAGUACUAUUUUCUAUAUACACUCAAGAAAUAGUUCUGCCAAGGGAAUAUAGACUCUACUUCAAUAUUUCUUAGGUGAAAAGUUGAGUGUAUAGUUUGUCAAGAGAAAGUUCUGCCAAGGGAAUAUAGACUCUGUUCUAAUGCCGCCAAGGUGGAAGAUUGAGUGUAUAGUUUGUAGUACUGAGGUUCUACCAUAGAGUUUAAAAUCAGUACAGUGAACUUUACCACGCUUUUAUUUGUAACUUAUUGUAAGCAAUGUCAUGAUAAAUAGGUUUGUUAACAUUGAUAUGUGACAGUUUUUUGAGUAAAGAAGUGUAUUUUUUUGACUCUCGUUAUAAAAUUUAUGUGGUUAUGAGCGCUUAAAUACUGACUGAAAGAUUUCAUGGUGAGCCUAUGUCGUUGAAAUACAUUGAGGUAUAAUGUAACUAGAUACGCCAUGUAUUACAAAAAUAACCUUACAGCGUAGUUGAUUAUAAAAUCUCACACGCAAUUCUAUUUUUUUUUACCGAUAGCGGUUAAGGUCUAAAAUUCUAAUUACACAAUUUGCUUACACCUAUUCCGUAUGUGGCUCUUUCGCUUGUAUUGUGGGUUAUUUUAUGUCCCAAAUCCAUGUCGUAUCUAGUACAUUCCAACUCAAUGUAAAUAAAAUAUAAAUAGUAAAUUAAUUCGAAUAAAUGUUACGUACAAAGAUCAAUGUCAUUAUGUGUUGUAUUAUAAUGUAAAUAAGAUACAUUUUAAAUUAAAAUAUCACUCUCGUAUUUAUUUAUUUGGCGAUAAGUUUUGUAAAUAAUAGCUAUUGAAAGAACUGAGUAUUCGUUUUUUAAAUGUAAGCGUUCGAUGUGUAGUUCUUUUUUUAAAUUUGUUUUUUUUUGUAAGUGAUCGUCUAGUCGCUAUGGAUUGUUGCGUUCGUAAUUUGUAAAUUGACAGUUCAAUAAUAAUUAUGAAAAACUCUUUACUUUUUGAAGCCAAUUUAUUUUGAAAAAUAUUCUACAUACUAAAAUGGCUUCCUUAUCAAUUUUUUAUUCGAACUGUAACUUAGUAGAAUGCUUUAACUUCGCUAGCUAAUUUCUGUGACGUUUUGUAAUUACUAUAAGAAUUGGCAUAUCAACAAUAAAAAUUACCGCGAAAACCGCGACCAUCGACAAGUUUUAACCAUUGAGUGAACAAACAAAUGCUCAGAUUAUUGUAAAUAUUUUAAGCUAAACAAGUUAAUGUUUUUAAAUUAAUUACAAUUCUAAAACCUCAGUAUUUUAAAAUAUUUAUUCACAGAGAGAAAUCGAUUAUUAUGUUUUGUAUUAUAAACUGUGUUGCCAUGUUGCUUCAAUGUAAUUCUGUAAUGUUGCUAGCGUAAAUAAAUAAAUAAUAAAAACAAUGCUUAAUUCUAAAAUAUUAAUGUUAUUUACUGAUAGUAGUUGAAUGAUCUUCGUAAUUGUAAUAUUAUGAUUAUGCUGAGGUAAGGCGACGAAAUAAAACGAGUAUGCAAUA